GAAGACUCUUGUGACAAAGAACUGAAGCUGGCCGAGGCGUCUCAGUAUCAGCUGUAUCAGUGAUGUCAGGCAAACAAACGUGUCCAUCUAUGAACCUGUGAGGUCAUAGCCAUCUAACAGCAGCAUCAGCACCAGAGGAGAGUUCACCAGCAGUGACCAUGGACCUCAGAUUUAGACGUCUGUCGCCUCUCACCAGCGCAGCUCUUCAUCUCCUGCUGCUGGCCAGACUGGUGCUUCCUUCUCACACAGAGAGCACGCCCAGCUUCAUCAAGUCCCCCGAGGAUCAAACAGGGAUUUCGGGAGGAGUGGCGUCGUUCGUAUGCCAGGCGGUCGGUGAGCCCAAGCCUCGCAUUACCUGGAUGAAAAAGGGAAAGAAAGUCAGCUCCCAGCGCUUUGAGGUGAUUGAGUUUGACGACGGCUCAGGCUCAGUGCUGCGUAUCCAGCCGCUGAGGACCCACCGCGAUGAGGCCAUCUAUGAAUGCACCGCCACCAACAGCGUGGGAGAGAUCAACACCAGCGCCAAGCUCACUGUCUUAGAGGAGGACCAGAUACCACAUGGCUUCCCCACCAUAGACAUGGGCCCCCAGCUGAAGGUUGUGGAAAGAACGCGCACGGCUACGAUGCUGUGUGCAGCCAGCGGAAACCCCGAUCCAGAGAUCUACUGGUUCAAAGAUUUCCUGCCUGUGGACAUUAGUAGCAGCAAUGGGCGCAUUAAGCAGCUGCGAUCAGGAGCGCUCCAGAUUGAGAACAGCGAGGAGUCGGACCAGGGCAAAUACGAGUGCGUGGCUGUCAACAGCGCUGGGACUCGUUAUUCGGCUCCGGCUAACCUUUAUGUCCGAGGUAAGCUCCCUCUUGACCUCGGCCGCCCCCUCCCUGCUGCCGUUCGGGUCAGCGCCUGCUCUGCUGUGUGGCUGCAUUCAGUAGACGCACUUCUGAUGAUCUGCAGCUCAGCUCUUCCCAAGAUGCCCACUUCCCUCACCGUGACAGAAACCACAGCUACCAGUGUCACCCUGACCUGGGACUCCGGCAACCCAGAGCCUGUGUCCUACUAUGUUAUUCAGUAUCGUGCCAAAUUGUCUGAGAACGGUUUCCAGGAAGUAGACGGUGUCGCCACGACCCGCUACAGCAUCGGCGGCCUCAGCCCCUUCUCUGAGUACGAGUUUCGUGUCAUGGCUGUGAACAACGUCGGCCGGGGUCCUCCCAGCAGCAUCGUGGACACCCGUACAAGUGAGCAAGCACCCUCAUCGCCACCUCUUCAUGUCCAGGCGCGCAUGCUGAGCUCCAGCACCAUACUGGUCCAGUGGGAACCUCCCGAAGAGCCCAACGGCCAAAUCCGGGGCUAUCGGGUCUACUACAGCUCAGAUCACGACGCCCCGCUCAGCGCCUGGCAGAAGCACAACACAGAUGACAGCCAUUUCACCACCAUCUCAGGCCUGGCAACAGACAUCACCUACAGCCUGAGGGUGCUGGGCUUCACCUCAGUGGGAGACGGGCCUCCGUCUGACACUCUGCAGAUCAAAACCAGGCAGGGAGGUGAGAACAUGCUCACUGCAUCACUGCAGAGCCGCAUCAUGCUGUCAUGGCUUUGGCCUGUCCAGGAACCCAUCAUUAGCUUUGAACUGGUGUACUGGGAAGCCAGCAAUCCCACAGACAAGCACCGCGUCACCUUCGAUGCAGCGGGCUCCUAUGCAGUCGAUGGUCUGAAGCCAGACACGCUGUACAUCUUCUCCCUGGCAGCCCGAUCGGAGAUGGGCUUGGGCGUCUUCACUCAGCCUGUUGAAUGCAGGACAGCUCAGUCCACCCCAUCAGCCCCACCCCAGGAAGUACAUUUGCUCAGCCUCAGUUCCACCAGCGUCGAGGUGAGUUGGGUGGCCCCGCCCACAGACAGCCAGCACGGUGAGAUCGUUGGCUACUCCCUGGCCUACCAAGCACUCACGGGAGAGGACCAGAAACGCCACCAGGUGUCAGGGAUCGGUCCUGAUAUCACCAGCUACAUUUUGGAGGACCUGGAGAAGUGGACGGAGUAUUUGGUGUGGGUGAGGGCUCACACAGAUGUUGGGCCAGGUCCAGAGAGCUCUGCAGCUCAAGUCAGAACCAAGGAAGAUGUGCCUGGAGCUCCUCCCAGGAAGGUGGAGGUGGAGGCCCUGAACUCUACUGCCCUCAGGGUGAGCUGGAAGCCCCCGCUGUCCGUGAAGCAGCACGGGCAGAUCAGAGGAUACCAGCUGGUUUACUCCAGGCUAGAGAACGGGGAGCCCCACGGCCAGCCGGUCAUCCUGGAUGUUAACCUCCCCGAAGCCCAGGAGGCCUUUAUAGCAGCUCUGCUCCCAGAAACAACCUAUUCUGUGACUGUGGCUGCGUAUACGACCAAGGGUGACGGAGCUCGCAGCAAGGCCAAGGUGGCCACCACCACAGGAGCAGUUCCUGGAAAGCCCACGAUGAUGAUCAGCACCACCAUCGGGAACACCGCUCUAAUCCAGUGGCAGCCCCCUAAAGAAAUGGUUGGGGAGCACAUGGGAUACCAGCUGCAGUACAAGAGAGCAGAGGAGGAAGCUUUCACCAUUAAACACUUCAAGAAAACAGAUGAUCAUUUCACAGUCACCGGCCUCCACAAGGGCGCCGUGUACAUCUUCAAACUGUGUGCCAAAAACCGAGCGGGGAACGGGGAGGAGUACGUAAAAGAGAUCAGCACCCCUGAGGACGUUCCCAGCAGCUACCCGCAAAAUCUGAGCGUGGUCGGCCUCACUGCGACGUCCACCAAACUGGCCUGGGACCCGCCUCCUCUGCCUGAGAGAAAUGGGAAGAUUGUGAAGUACGUGGUGAUGUACCGAGACAUUAACAGCCCGAACAACAGCACCAACGUUACCACGGCUACACAGAUGACCGUCCACGGUUUGCAGCCUGACACAACCUAUGACAUAAGAGUCCAAGCUUUCACCAGCAAGGGCGGAGGACCUAUCAGCCCCAGCAUCCAGAGCAGGACCAUGUCCACCUCCAUGCCAGUGUUCACCAAGAACUUUGGUGUGACGGCCGUGACAAAGACCUCGGUCCUGCUCACCUGGGAAGUGCCGGAAACAUACAAAUCUCAAGUGCCUGUCAAGAUUCUGUACAACCAGCAGAGUGUGGAGGUUCAAGGCAACCUGAAGAGGAAGCUGAUCACACAGCUGCAGCCAGACACCGAUUAUUCGUUUGUGCUAAUGAGUCGAGGGAAUAGCGCCGGCGGCCUCCAGCAGCAGGUCUCCAUCCGAACGGCUCCGGACCUCCUGACAGUGAAACCAGCUCGAUACCAUAUCGAUGUGGAGGAAGGUGGUAAAGUGACCAUCAGCCUGCCGAAGGUCCCGGAUGCAGCGGCUGUCAGGUGGUACUACAUAGUGGUUGUUCCCGUCACUCCAGUUUCUCUGAGGAGAUGGGAAAACCCCGAAGACAUGGACAUACAAGAGCUUCUGGAGUCCGGUGCUGACAGCAGCCUGCAGAGAAGGAAAAGGCAGAGCAAUGACUUCCUGCAGCCCUACAUCGCUGCCAAGCUGGAUACGCUCCCUGAGAUCUUCACUCUGGGUGAUGAAAAGAAAUACAGCGGCUUCUACAACAAACCGCUGCCUGGACAGCAGCAGUACCGCUGCUUCGUUUUGGCUGACCUGACGGACCACGAGGCUCAGAGGACAUUCGCAGCCAGCCCUUUCUCUGAUCCCUUCACGGUGAAGAUCAGUGGGGUUAUUCGACAACCACAAGAAGACCCAGAGAUGCUGUGGGUGAUGGGUCCGGUGCUGGCAGUCAUUCUGAUUAUCAUUAUAGUCAUCGCUAUUUUACUCUUCAAAAGGAAACGAACGUCUCCAGCCAAGGAUGAGCACAUGGCAGGAGUGAAGGACUCGCUGCUGGCCCACUCGUCAGAUCCUGUGGAGAUGAGGAGACUCAACUAUCAGACACAAGGGAUGAGGGAACAUCCUCCCAUCGCUAUCUGUGACCUGGCCGACCACAUCGAGAGACUCAAGGCCAACGAUGGUCUGCACUUCUCUCAGGAGUACGAGUCUGUUGAUCCAGGACAGCAGUUCACCUGGGAGCACUCCAACCUGGAGGUCAACAAGCCAAAGAACCGUUAUGCAAAUGUUAUUGCGUACGACCACUCCAGGGUCAUCCUCACACCCGUGGACGGAGUUCCAGGUAGCGACUAUAUAAAUGCCAACUACAUUGACGGGUACAGGAAACAGAACGCUUACAUCGCUACCCAGGGUCCGCUGCCAGAGACGCUGAGUGACUUCUGGAGGAUGGUAUGGGAGCAGAGGACAUGCACCAUUGUUAUGAUGACUCGCCUGGAGGAGAAGUCGCGGGUGAAAUGUGACCAGUAUUGGCCCAGUCGAGGCACGGAGACGUACGGGAUGAUUCAAGUGACCAUGUUGGACACACUGGAGCUGGCUACGUACAGCGUGAGAACGUUUGCCCUCUAUAAGAACGGCUCCAGUGAAAAAAGAGAAGUUCGACAGUUCCAGUUUCUGGCUUGGCCGGACCAUGGAGUGCCUGAGUAUCCGACCCCAACACUGGCCUUUCUACGCAGAAUCAAGUCCUGCAAUCCUCAAGAUGCCGGACCCAUGGUGGUUCACUGCAGUGCCGGUGUGGGCCGGACGGGCUGCUUUAUUGUGAUCGACGCCAUGUUGGAGAGGAUGAAGCACGAGAAGUCGGUGGACAUAUACGGUCAUGUGACGUGCAUGCGAGCUCAGAGGAACUACAUGGUGCAGACAGAGGAUCAGUACAUAUUCGUCCACGAGGCCCUGCUGGAAGCUGCGGUCUGCGGCAACACAGAAGUUCCUGCCCGCAACCUGUACGCCCACAUCCAGAAGCUCACGCAGGUGCCCGCUGGAGAGGCGGUGACAGCUAUGGAGCUGGAGUUUAAGAAACUGGCCAACUCUAAAGCACAUACCUCAAGAUUCAUCAGUGCCAACCUGCCGUGCAACAAAUUCAAGAACCGCCUGGUGAACAUCAUGCCUUUCGAGUCUACUCGCGUCUGCCUGCAGCCGAUCAGAGGGGUGGAGGGCUCUGACUACAUCAAUGCCAGCUUCAUCGACGGGUACAGGCAGCAGAAAGCCUACAUGGCCACCCAGGGCCCGUUAGCCGAGACCACAGAGGACUUCUGGAGAAUGCUGUGGGAGCACAACUCCACCAUCGUAGUGAUGCUCACCAAACUCCGAGAGAUGGGACGGGAAAAGUGCCAUCAGUACUGGCCUGCUGAGCGCUCUGCACGUUACCAGUACUUUGUUGUGGACCCGAUGGCCGAGUACAACAUGCCUCAGUACAUCCUCCGAGAGUUCAAAGUCACUGAUGCCCGGGAUGGUCAAUCGAGGACCAUCCGGCAGUUUCAGUUCACGGAUUGGCCAGAGCAAGGAGUGCCAAAAACUGGGGAGGGAUUCAUUGACUUCAUUGGCCAAGUGCAUAAAACUAAAGAGCAAUUCGGACAAGAUGGACCCAUCACUGUUCACUGCAGUGCUGGUGUUGGGAGGACUGGUGUGUUUAUUACUCUGAGCAUCGUUCUGGAAAGGAUGAGGUAUGAAGGAGUGGUCGACCUCUUCCAGACCGUCAAGACUCUCCGAACUCAGAGACCGGCUAUGGUGCAGACAGAGGAUCAGUACCAGCUGUGCUACCGGGCUGCUCUGGAGUACCUGGGAAGCUUUGAUCACUAUGCAACAUAACCCCACCCAGAAAGAUGCCUCAGAGGAGAUCUGUGUCUCUUCUGAGACACAUCCACUCUGCUCCAUUGGCCCCUGCAGGCUGAUGAGGAGGCUCUGAAGAGGACGGAUGAGGAGAUGACCACAGCAGGAAUCAGGAGAGAUUAAUGGAAAGAGGAGAGGCGAUGUGAUGACCUCCCCCUCCUGGACUGGUGCCAUGAUUCUGCCACAGACCCACACAAAAACCUCCCAAAAAACAACCCUGAAAGACUCGUACUGUACUCACGCCUCAUUCUGAUCCCUGCGACUCCCCGAUUUCUGCCUCCUCUAAAUAGCAAAAACUAUUUUUCUGCUACUUUCAUUUAUAUCCAUCAUUACUAUGUUGUUAGCCAUUAUUAGAGUUUAUUUUGUGAUCACUUACAUUGGUUACUAUAUGUCUUAAUGGGUCUUUUCUUAAUUUGCCUCUUAUGUUUCUUAAUUUCUAAUAGAGGACAUGUAUUUUCAACAUGAUCCAAGUCAUUAAUACUGGACGCCGUAUAUUCACAGCUGCUAAUGAUUUUUUUAUUUUAUACCACAGAUAUGAUAUUCUAAUGUUUAUCGUUAUUCGGUUGGUCUUAUUUAGAGGGAAACUUGGAGAAUGAUGAUCUCUACUAGACAGAUCAACUGAGCAAAUAAGGUUUGUGACCUGCAGUAUGAAAUACAUCACAGCUAUAAAUGUGCAAAGACUCAUCACAUCUGAAGAACUGCAAGCAUGUACAGAGUUUUUUGUCAUUAAAUAAUGUUCUCAGAGUCUUCAGAGAUCUGGAGGCUCCCAGCAAAAGAAUAAUGAAGCAGUUGGAAAAGUUGUGGACUCAGGUAGACCAACACAGAUGGCCUGUUCGUGAGGUUUUUGUGAAAUAAGUGUGACGUCAAAUGCAGAGCUCGUGCUCCACACGUGAAAAAUGAAAUUCUGACACCGGGAGAGAGAAAAAGAAUAAAAGCCAACAUCAGAAGAUCCUCUGUGAGCAGCAUUAGUGACAGUGAGGACAAAAAACGACCUUUUAACAGGAAGAGACGUCUCACAGGGCCAGACUCAGAAAGGAACAGCCAUACACAAAAUACUACAAUACUAAUACUUACUGUCCAUUGGGGGAAUGAAGGGAAAUAGAAGCGAAAAUCGUGAAAAUGAACAACAGACAAGUUAUGGGAAAGAGCAGACAAUAUUCUGGAUGAAUUUUAAUCAGAUUGGUUUUGUUGCUUCUCCUUGAAGGAUUAACUUCACUCUUAUUUCUGUUAUUGUCAGCAAAUGCCAUAAAAAAAACAACAGCACAAGUUACACACUGCAGUGUAGGAACAACAACCACAACCAGGAGCUCUGGUAGACUUUCUUUGCUUAGCUGUGAUCAGCUCACAUGUGCUGCUGCGACGCCAGUACUCGAUGCUCUUUGAAUUCAAAAGGAUAUCAGGUGAUGUUACAUGAACCAUUGUGACUGAUUUCUAAUCCCCAGAUACUACAAAGCUGGAAUAAAGGUGAACUUCAGUGAGUGAAUCAUCAUCACCUUAAAUUUCAUUUGAUUUCUGCUGAUAUAAACCAGCGCAGACUGUGAGCGCUGCAGCUUCUCUGCACUGUCAACAUCAUGCAUUACUGUGAACAUCACCACACUGCUGCAAACGAACCUGUUUCACCUUGCACUAAACUGGUAUUUUUAUGCAACGUUCAAAUAACACAAAGUUAGCAGACUUCAAUUUGCUUUAAAGUUUUAAAUUUAGGGAGAAAAAAUGUCACAUCAAGCAUUGAUCUGAUAUCUGGAAAUUUUAAAAUGGCUUAAAAAAUGACAUGUAGGCAGUGGUGAUGGCGCCAUGUUGCUCACAAGACAACAGGAAGAGUGUUUCUGCACAGCAACACAAAUCAGCACAGUUAAAAAUUACUAUUAACAGGAGACUUGUGUUUGAGACCUAUUGGAGUUUGUUUUUAAGUUGAAGUUUAGGCUAAAAUAGACUUAUAAUAAUCAGUACACGUUACCAAGUUCAGCUUUCUAGCCUGCUACUUUUUCACAUGACCACAAGAAACUGGAACACUCUCUGGCCUGAUGUGGCUCUUUGGGAUUGUUGAAGAGGCAAACUUAAGAUGCCAACAGCCUUACAGAGGCUCAACUGAGGGGCAAGCAGCGUGACACGUCUGGGGCUACAAAUGUGCCACAUGUUUUAUGACUGGCAGCUCCUGUGUGGACCAGACAUGGAUAAAAGUCAGGAGAUGGGCUUAACAUUAAAACGAGUGUUGUGUGGGCCAGAUAUGACCCAAAUGUCCAACAACAUCUGGCAUCUUGUCCAAAUAAGGUGGACCUGUGGCUGAAUUUAGGGAGGCAGACUCAGCCUGAGUCAGGUCCAUCACCCAAGGAUAAAUGCAGCUCAUGGAAAAUUUCAUGUGGGCCAAACAUUUAUUGGUGUCUGGAUAUGAGAUAAAUAAGGAUUUUUUUUAUUGUAAAUCAUUUAAUGCUCCUGUAGUGGACUACAAACUUAAAAACAACAACAACAACAACAGGGAAAUGGUUCUAGAAACAAGCUAAAUAGGCCCUCCGUUAACAUUAGGGGUUACUAAUGUGAAAAAGCUCUGCUGUGACAUGCAGCCUGACGCUCGUACUCAUUUCACAAAGAUUCUCCACAUUGUGUUUGUACAAAAACAGCCCAGUUGUUGUAAAGCACACUGAAUAUGGACUCAACAUCCUACAGUACAAGACAGUCAUAUCUCACACAUUCACUCAUCUCCAUCUGCAUACAUGAUUUUACAUUGACAGGCUGCAUUUAAACGGGAUCCCCACCACAGAUAACUCCCCUCUUUUAUCACUGUGUUGCAGGCUGAGAGAACAACAUCAUUGUUCAUUGAUGCAUCGCUGCGUUUUUCAUUGAAAGAUACAGUGAGGUGGUUUUUGAAUGAUGCGGACCACUUAAAGGAUUCAUUUCUCAUAGUUGUGCUGUAGGGGUCCUAACUGUUGUAUAAACGAUCUGUUUUCUAUUAAAAGCAGAGAAAAAAUGUCUUCAAAAUCUUGAUGUUAAUAAAGCUGAAAUGUUGGGUUUUUCAUAUAAAA